AUGGAGGAAAACGGGGUCAUAGAACCACUGCCUGAUGAGGAGUUUGGGAGAGAGGUGACAUCAGAUUAUGACCCAAGCGAUACCGAGACCACCUUUGGCUCCCUGACGUCGAGCGUCACGGGUCAUGUGUGGGAGUACGGCAGACGAUACCAUGCUUUUCGAUAUGGCCGGUACCCCUUACCCAACGACGACGAGGAGUACAAGAGAGAGUCUCUACGACAUGCCAUGCUGAAGGAGCUCCUGAGGGGCAAGCUCUACCUUGCGCCCAUCGGAGAUAACCCGCAAAAGAUCAUCGAUCUUGGCACGGGGUUUGGAGAAUGGGCCAUGGAGAUGGGCGAGCUUUUUACCGGUGCCAAAGUUACAGGAGUCGACUUAUCGCCGAUUCAGCCACUAUGGGUUCCCUCUAAUGUCGAGUUCAUCGUGGAUGACAUUGAAGACGAGUGGGUGCACGAUCAGGAUUACGAUUUCGCGCACUUUCGGUUCGUCAACACGGUGUUGAAGAACAAUGAACUUGUGCUUCACAACAUUCUCCAUACAAGGAAUCUCAGGCCGGGCGGCUGGGUGGAAAUCCAGGAUGUUUACCCCCGGAUAUCGUCAGACGACAACACACUGCCCGAAGACUACCCGCCCGCCAAGUUUUACUCGCUGCUUCAAGGCGUUCUCAAGGACCAGUACGGCUUCGACCUCAAGGUGCUGGAGAGCCUUCCCGACCACCUACAGCGGCUCGGCUACGUCAACGUGCAGCGGAAGGUAUUCCACAUGCCGCUGGGUGAAUGGCCCAAGGAUCGGCAUCUCCGAAUGCUGGGUGGCUGCUUCCAAGAAGUCUUUCUCGACUUUGUCGCCGCCAUGGCGGCCCGUCCGCUGGUGGAGGCGGGAUUCGACAAGGCCGACAUUGAGGAGCUUGUCGUCGGGGUCAAGAACGCCGUGGGAAAUAGGCGAAUUCACGCAUAUGUCCCCAUCCACUUUGUCUGGGCGCAGAAACCACCAGUAUGA